GCAAAUUGCAAUAUCAAAGAGGCAGAAGUGGAGUGCCACCGCCGCCUUGCAGCACCCCGUUGCAUCCGCAUUCGCAAUCGGGUUACAUACAACACACCCAUAAGACAGCACACACCACACUUUUACUUUUCCGAACCGAUAUUGUUGGGGAAAAUUUGCCAAAAAAAAAGGAAACUCGAAGAAGCGACAUGAUAAAUUGUUUGAUUUCUACACACUGCAUGUUUGAAUUAUUGUAAAGCCAAGAAUUGUAGACGUAAAUCCAUAGAGAACCACUAGAAAGUCACCCGACAUGAUGAUUCAAGAGCCCGUGCAGGCCGCCAUAUGGCACUGCCUGAACUACUACGACUUCAAGGAUGCUGUUUUCCUGGCGGAGCGCCUCUGCUCCGAAGUGGAAAGCGACGAGACGAUAUUCCUGCUGGCCACCAGCUACUUCCGCUCCAACCAGGUGCACCAGGCCUACUGGCUGCUCAAGGAGAAGACGCGCCGCUCGCCGCAGUGCCGCUUUUUGCAGGCCAAGUGCGCCUACGAGCUGAAGAAGUACGCCGAGGCGGAGAGCGCUUUGAUCUCGACGGGAUUCGCGGACGCCAAGAACUGCGAUGAGCUGCAGCGGGAGUUUGGGGAUCUGGCCUGCUUCGCCUACCAGCUGAUGGCCCAGAUCUGUGUGCGCACGGAGCGCAAUAAGCUGGCCAUUAGCGCUCUACGGCGGGCUCUCAAGCUGAAUCCCUUCAUGUGGCACGCCUUCGCGGAUCUGUGCCUGCUGGGCCAGGACACAGAUGCGGCGGCCAUAUUCCAGAUCCACAGCACAGAUGUGUUCAACACCUGCCAGGGCAGCAGCGCCAAUGCCAAUGCCAUGGUCUUGUUCGGCGCCGAGCAGCAGCAGCAGCAGGAGCGCCAGUCGCUGAUCACCAACCUAAGCAAUAUCUCUAACUAUAUACUGACCACGCCAGUGGAUCAGCAGCAGCAGCAACAGAAUCAGCAGCAGCAAACGCAGCAGAACCAUAACCAAAACCACAACAACAGCAACCUGGUGACGCCCAUAAACAACAAUAAUAACAACAACAAUCUCAACAGCUCGAUCAGCAUGCUGCGCGGCGGUUUGGUGCAGAACUCCAGCAUGCUGGCGAUGCUGGAGGACACACCCAUGGGCGGCUAUCCACAGGAUUCGACCGCCCAGCAGCAGCAGCAGCUGUACGACAUGAGCAGCGGCACACCCUUUCGCAAGCAGUUCAAAUACCUUUCGGCCAUCUCACCGCCCACGCCCAGCUUCGGCAUCAUGCCGCUGACUAGUCCCUGCACCGCCAACGAUGGCUCCUUCAUCGGCAACCACACGCCCGUAAUGAACUACUCACCGAUGCCGCAGAUGCUGGUCGAGGUCAACCAGGAGCCCAAGAUGAUGGGCAAGAAGCUGAAGACGCAUGUCGGCGGGAUCAUCCAGCGCAAGGAGGGCAGCCUCAACAAGCCGGCCGUCUUCACGCAGGCGGGCAACAUAACGCCACGCACGCCGAACAACAACAAUGUGGGCAACAAUGUGCCGCCCAAUCCGAAUGCUGCAGUGCGUCGCAGUUCGCGACUGUUUAGCAACUCGUAUUCGGUGAAGGAGAACAACAAGUCGCCCAAUAUAGCCAACAAGUUCGUGCAGCCUCGCUCGCCGCCCAGGAAAACAAAGUCACGGAUGACCAAGAUCUGCCUGAAUAACGAACUGAUCGAGGAGAAGUCCCACCAUCAUUUGUCGGAGAAGCGAAAGGAGAAGGUGGAGACCAUCACCUCGUCGGGAGCGAAUAACAACAGCGGCGGACGCAGUGCCGCCGAGGAGGCCAAGGUCCUGCUGAACAACAGUCUGAACAAUGCGCAGACGAUGGCCCACCAGUUGAUGGGACUCAAGAAGCAGUCGGCCGACGGGCUGAUGGCUCUACUAAGGGAUUUGGCUGAAGCCUAUCAGCUGCUGUCCAACUUCCAGUGCAAGGCGGCCAUCAAGCAGCUAGAGACGACGAUACCAAAGCACCAACUGAACUCCAGCUGGGUGCAGUCGCUGAUCGGAGUGGCCAGGUACGAGAUGCGCGACUACGAGGCGGCGGUGGGAAUCUUUGAGAGCAUCCACAAGGCGGAGCCAUGCCGGCUGGACUACAUGGAGAUAUACUCCUCCUCGCUGUGGCAUCUGCAGCGCGAGGUGGAGCUCUCUGCUUUGGCCCAGGAUCUAAUUAACCAGGACAAGAGCAGCCCGGUUACCUGGUGCGUUUCCGGCAAUUGCUUCUCCCUGCAAAAGGAGCACGAGACGGCCAUUAAGUUCUUCAAGCGGGCCGUUCAGGUGGAUCCCGACUUUGUCUACAGCUACACCCUGCUGGGCCACGAGCUCGUGCUGACCGAGGAGUUCGACAAGGCGAUGGACUACUUCCGGGCUGCCGUCGUCCGGGAUCCGAGGCAUUACAACGCCUGGUUUGGGAUCGGCACCAUCUACUCCAAGCAGGAGAAGUACGAACUGGCCGAAAUCCACUAUGUGAAGGCUCUGAAAAUCAAUCCGCAGAACUCUGUUAUCCUCGUGCACAUCGGCGCCAUGCAGUUCUACAUGAAGAAGAAGGAUCUGUCGCUGCAGACACUCAACACGGCCGCCACGCUGGACCCGAAGAAUCCGCUGACCCGAUUCCAUCGCGGCUCCAUCUACUUCUCGCUGGGCAAGUACCAGGAGGCGCUGCGCGAGCUGGAGGAGCUGAAGGAGGUGGUGCCCAAGGAGUCGGUGGUGUUCUAUCUGAUCGGCAAGAUCCACAAGACGCUGGGCAACAUGGAUCUGGCGCUGAUGCACUUCAGCUGGGCCACCGAUUUGGAUCCCAAGGGUGCCAACAAUCAAAUCAAAGAUGCCUUCGACUCCAUGGCCCAUCCCAGCUGCUGUCCGGCCAACACGACGGCCUUGGACGUCGAUCUGGAGCCCACCUCGGAGCGUUCCGAUGACUCGACGCAGGCGCAGCAGGAUGGAAGCUACGACAGCGACUACUAGGGAGCUGCGACUCCAAAUUCACGCGGUUGUAUAUACGUUGAAAACAGAGGAAAGCAUAGGAAAACCAGAUCGAUUCGAUUGCUGCUGCAUUGUCGUAGAGGAAACGCAAACCAAUUAUGAAGUAUAAUAAAGUCUAGAUAACGUUUAGCAUUAGUAAUUUAAAAUAUACAACAAAGUAAAUGGUUUAAACAAAAUUGUGCACUCUGAAAGUCUAAGGCAAAAUAACAAAACAAAACAACAAAUUAAAUACCACUUAAAAAUAUACAAGAAAAGGAUA